GAUAGAAAGUGCAGCUGUGUGCUGUCGCCCAGCGUUUCUCUGGAGGGAGGUUGGGAAGGCUUUGGCGGCUUUGGGAGACCAAUAAACUUAAGCAUAACUGGUGUGUGGCAAAUCACAGAGUUGGAAUCAGACUGAGGCCCUUGUGAAUGAGCUUUUAAAACUUGCCAAAAUGGCAGACACUGGUGACGAAUAUGACGAGUUUGGAGAUGAGGAAGAUGAAGAAAUCAUGGGGGUGAUUACAACAACAACAACGACGUACUCUGAGGAGCACUCUAAGUCCUCUCAGUCUGGCUUGCCCACCAGGAAAGUCAGAAGGAAGGCUAAGGUCGAUACUUCCAAGUUUAUGACUCCCUAUCUGGCCCACAGCCAGAAGAUGCUGGAUCAGUACAGCCACAAUAAAUACCGCCAAGCUUAUGAGCUGUCCAGAGGGCAGCCUCCCGCUUUCACCCCUGACACCCCUGAACUGAUUCGCAUCAGGAAGGCCCAGGAGCAGCUUAGUGAGGUGAAAUACCGCAUGGAGGGAAACAAGGCUCGGACAACCAGCUUGUACGGCGGUGACGCCAGAGAGGUGGUCCACGUCAAGCAUGUGUCAGAUCUGAUCAGCAAGGUUCUGUACAGACAGAAGUGGGAUGAGAUGAAGGACAAGUACCUGCUGCCUCCCGACGCUCCUGAGCUGGUUCUGGCUGUGAAGAACGCCGCUAACUAUAGCAAGAAACUUUACACAGAAGCCUGGGACGAGGAGAAGACCAUGUACUACCCUUACAGCGACAGCCCUGAGUUGCGCAGGGUGGCUAAGGCUCAGGAGGUCCUCAGUGAUAUUAAAUAUAAGAAGGGACACGAUGAGCGCAAAGCCAAGUACACGUCCUUGCCCGAUCCUCCAGAGGUGGAGCUGGCCAAGAGAGUCGCUCAUCAGCGCAGUGACCUUAAAUACAAGGAAGACUACAAUAAAAACGUCAGGGGUCAGUGGUGUGAGACGCCUUACUUUGACAUCGCCAUCGCCAGGAUGGCAAUGGAUAAUCUCAGCGACAGAAAAUACACUCAAGAGUUUGAGAAUAUCAAAGACCAAAUCUACUUCAUGCAAACAGACACGCCCGUGUACGACGCAUGCAAGAAGGCUCGCAUUGCUGCUAGUGCGGUCCAAUACAAGAAAGAGUUUGAAAAGACAAAAUCCCAGUGUGACUACAAUACACUCCCCGCUACAGAGAAUCCGCUCCUGAGACAGCUCAGAUACGCCGGCACCAUCCUUAGUGAUAAAGUAUAUAAGGCCAGCUAUGAGAAGUCCAGGGGUUUCAGCAUCAACUACUGUGACACACCAAAGUUUCAGAUGGACUCAGUGCUUAAAAAGUUCUCUGAUAUACAUUACAAAGAGAAGUAUGACAAAGAGGUAAAGGGACAUUAUAUCGGCAGCUAUGAAGACCUCUACAUGGUUCACUGCCAGAAAGUUGAGGAAUUUAAGAACGAGCAAUUAUAUAAAGCGGAAUAUGAAGACAUAAAAACGAGAUGCUUCUUCCCUCAAACGGUCACACCUGAGUACGAGGCUACGAAGAAGCUUCAGCAGUGCAGUGACAAAACCUACCGGCAACAUCCCGACAAAGUGAAGUUUACACAAGUGGUGGAUUCGCCAGUCCUCGUCCAAGCCAGCAUCAACGCCAAGCAGCUAAGUGACUUGAACUACAAGGAAAAGUUUGAGAAAACAAAGUUCAAGUACACGCUCCCCCCAGACUACCCCUUCUUCAUCCAGUCCAGAGUUAACGCCUACAACCUGAGCGAGAGCUGCUAUAAGUACGACUGGGAGAAAACCAAAGCAAAGAAGUUUGAAAUCAAGGGUGACGCCAUCCCAAUCCUGGCCGCCCGUGCUCACACAAACAUUGCCAGCGACGUUAAGUACAAAAAGGAGUACGAGAAGAACAGGGGACACAUGGUUGGAGCCCUCAGCAUUAAUGACGACCCCAAGAUCUUGCACUCGGUUCAUGUUGCCAAAAUCCAAAGUGAUCGCGAAUAUAAGAAGAACUAUGAAAAAAUCAAGACCAAGUACCACACACCACUGGAUAUGAUAUCAGUCACCCUGGCCAAGAAGUCCCAGGCAAUCGCCAGCAUGGCGGGCUACAGGAAGAUCAACCCCAACUACUUCCUGCCUUACGACAGCGUGCUGCUGGACACGGCCAAGAAAGCCAACGCCAUCCAGAGUGAUAAUGAGUAUAAAGCUGAGUACAACAACUACGUCAAAGGAACCCCAUGGAUCCCGUACGGCUCCAUGGAUGUAGAAAAGGCAAAGAAAGCUACUGAGAUUCUCAACGAGAAAAAAUACCGACAGCCUCCAGACACGAUUCCAUUCACAGCCAUAGAAGACCAUCCCAUCAUGCUGCAGUCUAAAGUCAACCAGCUUCAGAGGAGUGAUCUGUUCUACAAGAGAGGUCUGGAGGAAAUCCAUCAAAAGUACUCUUUGCCUCCUGAUGCUCCAGAGUUCCUCCAAGCCAAGUGUAAUGCCUACAACAUCAGCAAGAACUACUAUAAAAUGGAUUAUGAGACUUCGGUGAAAGGAACUGGCUGGGUUCCAAUUGGCUCCCUGGAUGUAGAGAAGGCAAAGGCGGCAGCGGCGGCUCUAGAUGAGAAAAAGUACAGGCAGCACCCUUCCACAAUCAAAUUCACCAGUGUUACGGACUCCAUGAAUAUGGAGCUGGCCAAAGCAAACGCCAAGAUCAUGAAUGUGAAAGAUUAUAAAGCCAGUGGAGAGAAGUUCAUGCACACUUACCAUCUCCCAUCCGACACCCCUGAACUGAUGCAAGCCAGGUACAAUGCUGUAAACAUCAGCCAGAACUAUUACACCUACGCCCAUCGCCAAGAUAUCCUCAAGGGACAUCACGUGAAGGAAGAUGCUAUUCCCGUUUUAGCUGCCAAAUCUUCAAGGGACAUUGCCAGCAAUUACAAAUAUAAGCUGGCUUACGAGAAGGCCAGAGGCCAUCAUGUUGGCUUCCGCAGCCUCCAGGACGACCCCCUUCUGGUGCACUACAUGCAAGUGGCAAAAAUGCAGAGCGACAAGAACUACAAGAAGGACUACCACAAGGCCAAGCUGAAGUACCACACCCCGGUGGACAUGCUGAGCGUGGUCCAAGCCAAACAGGCCUCCACCGUUCAGACCAUGACUGGAUACAGGAAGGUCCCACACAGCUUCCUCCUGCUGCCUGACAACAUGCACCUGCAGCUGUGCCGCAACAUGAUGGAGAUUCAGAGCGACAAUGUCUACAAAUCAGAGUACAACAACUACUUCAAAGGUAUCGGCUGGGUACCGAUUGGUUCUUUGGAUGUCGAGAAAGCCAAGACAGCCAAAGCUGCACUGGAUGACAGAGGUUACCGCCAGCAUCCCAGCUCCUUCAAGCACACCAGCAAGACCGACGACAUGAACAUGUGUCUGGCUUUGGCCAACUCAAAGCUAAUGGACAACACUGCGUACAAAGCAUCUGGUGAAAAAUUCGUGCACACCUAUCAUCUGCCAGCUGACAGCCCGGAGUUCCUCCAAGCUAAAUUCAACGCCCAAACCAUCAGCGAGAGUCUCUACAAGCAACAAUGGGUGCAAGACAUUGCCAAGGGAUACGACAUGAAGCCUGAUGCUAUUCCCAUUCUCCAUGCCAAGCACGGCAGACAUAUUGCCAGCAAUGUCCAGUACAAGAAAGAGUAUGAGAAGGCCAGAGGCCACCAUGUUGGCUUCCGCAGCCUCCAAGACGACCCCCUGCUGGUUCACUACAUGGAGGUUGCUAGGAUACAGAGCGACAAGAACUACAAGAAGGACUACCACAAGGCCAAGCUGAAGUACCACACCCCGGUGGACAUGCUGAGUGUGGUCCAAGCCAAGCAGGCCUCCACCGUUCAGACCAUGACUGGAUACAGAAAGAUUCCUCACAGCCACCUGCUUCUGCCCGACAACAUGCACCUGCAGCUGUGCAGACAUAUGAAUGUCCUGUCCAGUGAUGUCAAUUACAAAUCUGAAUGGAACGAAUUCAUCAGAGGUAUGGGAUGGGUACCGAUCGGGUCCCUUGGAGUUGAAACUGCUAAAGUUGGGGGUGAGAUCCAGAGCGACAGGAAGUACAGGCAGCAUCCGUCUAACUUUAAAUUCAGCAAGCUGAUGGACUCCAUGGACUUGGCCCUGGCUACUGCCAACAAUCAGAUCAUGAACAAGAAAGCGUACACCUCUGCUUGGGAUAAAGACAAACUGACCAUCCACAUCAUGCCAGAUUCUCCUGAAAUUGUCCUGGCCAAGGCAAAUGCUCAGACCAUGAGCAACAAACUGUACAAAGCCGGCGUUGUGGAGAUGGCCAAGAAGGGCUACAAUCUCAAAGCUGAUGCAAUUCCAAUUGUGGCUGCCAAGUCUGGUACCACAAUUGCCAGCAAUUACAAGUACAAGUUGGCUUACGAGAAGGCCAGAGGCCACCAUGUUGGCUCCCGCAGCAUCCAGGACGAUCCGCUCCUGGUCCACUACAUGCAAGUGGCAAAGAUACAGAGCGACAAGGACUACAAGAAGGACUACCACAAGGCCAAACUGAAGUACCACACCCCGGUGGACAUGUGGAGUGUGGUCCAGGCCAAGCAGGCCUCCGCUGCUCAGACAUUGAUCGGGUACAGACAGAUCCAGCACACCAACGCUCUCCUUCCCGACGCCAUGGGCCUGUCGCUCGCUCGCAACAUGCAGUUUAUUGCCAGUGACAAUGAGUACAAGAAGGAGUACGAGAACUACUUUAAGGGAAUAGGAUGGGUUCCCAUCGGGUCACUUGAUGUUGAGAAAGCCAAAACAGCGGGGCAGGCUUUCAGUGAAAAGCAAUACAGGAAGCAUCCCAGCAACUUUAAAUUCACCAAAGAUAUGCACUCUAUGGACCUGGUUCUGGCCACUGCCAACAACCAAAUCAUGGAUAGGAAAUCCUACACAAGCGCUUGGGAUAAAGACAAAACUAGCAUCCAUAUCAUGCCGGAUGCAAUGGACAUUGUUCUAGCUAGGGAGAACAAGAAAAACUACAGUGAGAAACUGUACAAACUGGACAACGAGCUGGCCAAGAAGAAGGGCCACAACCUUCGUGCUGAUGCCAUUGCAGUUCAGGCUGCCAAAGCCUCCACUGUUAUCGCAAGUGAUUACAAGUACAAGACCGGAUACCGUAAGCAGGUCGGCCACCAUAUCGGUGCCCGCUGCAUCCAGGACGACCCUCUGCUCAUGCUGGCUCUGAACUCAGCCAAGAUCGCCAGUGACGCUCUGUACAAGAAGGACUUCAACAAGUCCAAGACCAAGUUCAACCUGCCUGUGGACAUGCUGGCCUUUGAGCUGGCCAAGAAGAACCAGAUUCAGGUCAACCAUGCCAAUUACAUCACGCGUCUGCACAACUGGACUUGUCUGCCGGAUGCAAACGACGUGGUCCAGGCCAGGCAUGCAUACGACAUACAGAGCGAUAAUGUCUACAAGGAGGAUUUGAAGAUGUUGCAGGGUGUCGGCUGGGUGCCAAUAGGCUCGCUGGAUGUUGAAAAGGCUAAAGUUGCUGGUCAGAUCCUGAGUGAAAAGAGAUAUCGCCAGCAUCCGAGCAACUACAAAUUCAAGAUCACAACUGAGGACAUGCCAAUGGUGCUGGCUAAGGCUAAUAAUCAGAUCAUUAACAAGAAAGCUUAUACUGAAGCCUGGGACAAAGACAAGACCACCAUCCAUCUGAUGCCUGAUGCCAUGGACAUUCUUCUGGCCAAAGCAAACAAAGUCAUCUACAGCGAGAAAUCGUACAAGCAGGCAAACGAAGAGGCAAAGAAGAAGGGAUAUGACCUCCGAAAUGACGCCAUUUCCAUUAUUGCAGCAAAAGCCUGCAGGGAUAUUGCAAGUGAUUACAAGUACAAGACCGGAUACCGUAAGCAGGUCGGCCACCACAUCGGCGCCCGCAGCGUCCAGGACGACCCUCUGCUCAUGCUGGCUCUGAACUCAGCCAAGAUCGCCAGUGAUGCUCUGUACAAGAAGGACUUCAACAAGUCCAAGACCAAGUUCAACCUCCCAGUGGACAUGCUGAACCUUGAACUGGCCAAGAAAUGCCAGAUCCAGGUCAACGACUUCAACUACAGGACUCGCCUGCACCAGUGGACCUGUCUUCCAGACUCCAACGACGUCGUCCAGGCCAGGCAUGCAUACGACCUGCAGAGUGAUGCUGUGUAUAAGGAGGACCUCAGGUUGAUGCAGGGUAUUGGAUGGGUGCCAAUAGGCUCCCUGGAUGUUGAGAAGGCGAAGAAAGCUAAUGAGAUUCUAAGUGAAAGGAGCUAUCGUCAACACCCGAGCACGUUCAGAUUCAAGAGCACUACUGAGGAUAUGCCCCUGGCACUAGCAAAGGCCAACGCUCAAGUUAUGAACAAGAAAGCUUACAUCGAAGCCUGGGAGAAUGAAAAGACAAAGAUCCAUGUCAUGCCUGACGCUAUGGACGUUCUUCUGGCCAAAGCAAACAAUGUCAUCUACAGUGUGAAAAAAUACAAACAGGCGAAUGAAGAUUCCAAAAAGAAAGGCUACGACCUGCGCGGUGACGCCAUUUCCAUUAUUGCAGCCAAAGCAUCCAGAGACAUUGCCAGCGAUUACAAGUACAAGACCGGAUACCGUAAGCAGGUCGGCCACCACAUCGGCGCCCGCAGCGUCCAGGACGACCCUCUGCUCAUGCUGGCUCUGAACUCAGCCAAGAUCGCCAGUGACGCUCUGUACAAGAAGGACUUCAACAAGUCCAAGACCAAGUUCAACCUCCCAGUGGACAUGUUGAACCUUGAACUGGCCAAGAAAUGCCAGAUCCAGGUCAAUGACGUCAACUACAGGACUCGCCUGCACCAGUGGACCUGUCUUCCAGACUCCACUGACGUCGUCCAGGCCAGGCAUGCAUACGACCUGCAGAGUGACGCUGUGUACAAGGCCGACAUGGAAUGGGUCAAGGGAAUGGGAUGGGUGCCAAUUGGGUCGCUGGAUGUGGAGAAAGCCAAGAAAGCAGCAGAGAUCCUGAGCGACAGGAAGUACCGGCAGCAUCCCAGCCAAUUCAAGUUCACUGCCAAGACAUCAGAUAUGCCAUAUGCUCUGGCGCAAGCUAACGCCCAGACUAUGAACAAGAAAGCGUACAUCGAGGCCUGGGAGAAGGACAAGCUCAACCUGCACAUCUUACCUGACACUCCAGAGAUCCUGCUGGCAAAGCAGAAUAAACUCAACACCAGUCUGAAAUAUUACCGUGAAGGUUUUGUCAAUGCCAUCAACAAGGGCUACUUCCUCCCCAAAGACGCCAUUUCUGUCAUCGCAGCCAAAACGUCCCGCGACAUCAUCAGCGACUACAAAUACAAGGCUGGUUUCCGCAAGCAGUGCGGCCACCACAUCGGUGCUCUGAGCGUUAAGGACGACCCUCUGCUCAUGCUGGCCGCUCACGUGGCCAAGAUCUCCAGCGACAACAUCUACAAGAAGGACUUCAACAAGACCAAGACCAAGUACAACCUCCCAGUGGACAUGCUGACCAUCGAACUGGCCAAGAAAUGCCAGGUCCAGGUCAACGACUUCAACUACAGGACUCGCCUGCACCAGUGGACCUGCCUGCCCGACUCCAACGACGUGGUCCAGGCCAGGAAGGCCUACGACCUGAAGAGCGAUGCUGUUUACAAAGCGGAUAUGGAGUGGCUGAAAGGCUGCGGCUGGUCUCCCCAUGAGUGCGUGGAUGUGGUGAAAGUUAAAAACGCCCAGGCUGUUCUGAACGAGAGACUCUACCGCCAGCACCCAAGCACCGUCAAGUUCACCAGCGUUGUGGACCUCCCAGCUAUCGUCCUGUCCAAGCAAAACGCUGAAAACCUCAGCGAUAGGAAGUAUAGGGAAGUUUGGGACAAAGAUAAGCUCACCAUUCACAUCCCACCUGACAUUCCUCCUUACGAGCUGGCCAAGGCCAACGCCAUCACUAUCAGCAAUAAACUGUACACACAAGCAUGGGACGAGCAGAAGGCCAAAGCCUGCCACGUCAAGGAGGACGCCAUAUCUGUGCUAAAAGCUAAAGCCUCCAGGGACAUCAUUAGUGAUUACAAGUACAAGGAGGGAUACAGGAAGCAGGUUGGUCACCACAUCGGUGCCCGCUGCGUCCAGGACGACCCGCUCAUCAUGCUGGCUCUGAAUUCAGCCAAGAUCGCCAGUGACGCUCUGUACAAGAAGGAUUUCAACAAGUCCAAGACCAAGUUCAACCUCCCUGUGGACAUGCUGACCCUUGAACUUGCCAAGAAAUGCCAGGUCCAGGUCAACGACUUCAACUACAGGACUUACCUGCACCAGUGGACCUGCCUGCCGGACUCCAACGACGUCGUCCAGGCCAGGAAGGCCUACGACCUCCAGAGCGAUGCUGUGUACAAAGCUGACAUGGAGUGGAUAAAGGGCUGUGGGUGGAUACCACACGAGUGUGUAGAUGUUGUAAAGGUGAAGCAUGCACAGAAGAUUCUCGCUGAUAGAGGCUACCGGGUCAAGCUGGACGAACAGAAGUUCACUGUUCCCACCGAUAGAGUUGACUUGGCCUGCGCCAAGAAUGCUGCUGAGGUCUUAAACGAGGCCAAAUACCGCGAGGCUUGGCACCAGGAUAAGACCAAUUACUCUUUGGUCGACACUCCCGGUCUCGCUACGGCCAGAGAGGUCGCUAAAAAUAUCCACCCGAAACUGUACACUGAAGCAUGGGACAAGGUGAAAGCCACUGGAUACUUCAUGCCUGGAGACGCCGUACCGAUUCAACAGUGCAUCAAUACGACUAAAGUGCAGAGUAAGCACAAGUACUUAGAGUCGUACCGCAAGCAGGUCGGCCACCACAUCGGAGCCCUGAGCGUCAACGACGAUCCUCUCAUGGUUUUGGCCAUAAACUCAGCCAAGAUCGCCAGCGACGCUCUGUACAAGAAGGACUUCAACAAGUCCAAGACCAAGUACAACCUC